CCGACUUCUCUGCAUUGUCUGGCCCCGUGUAGGUGCGGAUGGCGGCCGCAGUGCCUCCCACACAGAGCUUGCGCCUGGAGAAUGCGUCCAUUCUGUCUGAGGGGGCCCUGCAGGAUGGACAUCGCCUCUGGAUUGGAAACUUGGACCCCAAGAUCACGGAGUACCACCUCCUCAAGCUUCUCCAGAAGUUCGGCAAGGUGAAGCAAUUUGACUUCCUGUUCCACAAAUCCGGCGCGCUGGAGGGGCAGCCCCGAGGCUACUGCUUCGUGAACUUUGAGACCAAGCAGGAAGCAGAGCAGGCGAUCCAGCGCCUCAACGGCAAGCUCGCCCUCUCCAAGAAGCUGCUGGUACGGUGGGCCCACGCCCAGGUAAAGAGGUACGACCAGAACAAGAACGAGAAGGCCCUUCCCAUCAGCCUGGAGCCCUCGUCCAGCACAGAACCGACCCAGUCCAACCUGAGCGUCAGUACGAAGAUCAAGGCCAUCGAAGCCAAGCUGAAGAUGAUGGCUGAGAACCCGGACGCGGAGCUCCCGCCGGCGGCCCCGUACGCCUACUUCAAGCCGCCCGACAAAAAACGGACUGCCCCGUACUCCAGGGCAGCCUGGAAGUCCAAGAGAUGAUUCCUGGGCGCAGGCGACGCCACCCUGCAGCACCCCCGCCCGAGCCGAGGAGGUCGGUGGGGAAGAGCGGCGGACUGCCUCCCGCAGGGCUCCGUUGGCUCCUUUCGGGGGGCGGCACUCUGGCCUUUGAACACUCGCGUCGUCUCCCAGAUCUCCGAUUGCGCGCGGGGCAGACCCAGCCUAGCGGAAAUGAGCUGCGGCGCCGCUCCGGCAUCCGUACCGUACCUCUCCCAACCCCGGAUGCGUUCCGUAGUGACCCCAGGAGCAACUGUCCAGGCCGGCGAGGCGAGGCGAGGCCGGUCUCGGCCGUCCCGGGGCCGGCUGGGGGUGCAUGCUUCACUGCCUAAGUAUUUCUCCGAGCCCGACGAGACAGCCUGCCUGGAAAACGUCUUUGACCAGCGGCUCCGUGGGAGCUGCUUCAGGGGACCUCCUCGGCCACGGAGCUGCAGGAAGCCGAGCGCUGCGUGCUCAAGGAGCCGGCUCGAAUCUGGGAAUGGGUGGCGUGUGCCCGGGCGACGCUUCGGUGUUGCCACGCCGCCCUUCGGGGCGCGGUUGGGUCUGUGUAUCAAUAUCUUUUUAAGGAAACAGUUGUACAGGAAUAAAGUUACCCAUGCUUUCAAA